GCUUAUGAACACCACCGCUAUAAAGGCUGGUAUCAAACAUUAUCAGUUAACUCUUGUACACGGUCCCGAAGCUGAGCUAAUGUAUCAUCGGACAUUUACAUGUUCACCAUCUACAUUUGGCGAAGAACAGAUAGCGCCACUGCCAAAAUUCUACAGGUCUUUAGUAGUACAUUUAGGAGGUGAAGCUAUCAACCUGACUGUUGUAGAAGUUAAGGAAAAGAAAACAAAUAUCCUCGAGACAAUUUUCAAUACAAAGGAAAGCGCAAAACAAGAGUUCUUUAGAUUUUUAACGCGCUUAUUUGGAGGGGACGUUUUGACGUAUUUAAGACAGUAUCAUCUAUUGGACUAUUCUGAGUUUUUUCAUAAUUUUGAAAAGAAAAUGAGAUAUUUCGAGGCAGACAAAGUAGUAACUGUUCGAGUUCCUCCUAAAUGGUACGAUGCAUAUGAAGAAUUUACAGGUGACACACUGACUAAUUCAAUAAAUUAUACAGCAUUCAAAGAAGCAGUGGCAUUUCAGAAUGAUAAAAUAAGGAUAAGUCCAGAGUUAUUCCAAACGUUUUACAAAGAUGCUACGGAAUGUACUAUUAAAGUGGUAAAAAUUACUUUAGAACAGCAGUCAGGAAUCGACAUAUUAUUUAUAGCAGGUGACCAUGUAGACCACGUGUUUGUAAAUACACUGAAGAAACGAUAACGGCUCAUAGGAUUGUUGUUUCAAAGAAUCCGGCGCGUGUUGUUUUGAAAGGAUCUGUUUUAUAUGAGAUCAUGGAAUAAA